CACUGCAGUAACAAAGACACGGACACGACACGACACGACACUGCGAAUUACUCUUCCACUCGCCUCGUCAGUGGCUGCAAACACCACCAAACCACUACAACUACAAUACUCUAUCACCACUCAUCACUCCUCAUUCAUCCCGCUUCUGACACACGACACGCUGAACUCUCGAUACACUGCUACAACGCGUCCGUGACUCGUCCAUUGCCAUCAACAUCUCCUCCAGCGACUGUUGAUGCAGCAGUUUGCUUCUGACUGCCCUCCUACGAUGUACCGACGAGUGUGACCGCGUCGUCGCCGUCACCCUUUGCUCUGAUCCAUCAUGACUGUCCCGCACUCUCAAUUGGCGCCGCUGCCUAGCAGAUUGCCGUUUCGAAUUGUCUCUCCCACAAUAGGCUCUGGAGCAUAUGCAUGGUAACAUAUCUCAUCAAAAAGGCCGCGCCUCAAACCGAAGAAACGCCCGUCUUCGCCGUCAAGUUCAUCAACAAACUCUACGCGCAGAAAUAUGGCCGCAUCAAGCAGAAACAACUGGAGAUGGAGAUCUCGCUACACAAACAUAUUGGCCUGCACAAGAACAUAAUCGAGUUCUACGACCACGGCGACGACCCGUCAUGGGUUUGGAUCGCUAUGGAAUUGGCCGAAGGAGGUGACCUGUUCGACAAGAUCGAAGCCGACGCCGGCGUUGCAGAAGACAUUGCCCAUGUCUACUUCACCCAACUCGUCAGUGCUGUCGGUUACAUGCAUUCUAAGGGAGUGGCUCAUCGUGAUAUAAAACCGGAAAAUGUGCUGUUGUCGGCGGACGGAGACCUCAAGAUCGCCGACUUUGGAAUGGCCACCUUGUUUGAAUAUCACGGCCGGAGAAAAUUGGCAACUACCUUGUGUGGAAGUCCACCAUACGUAGCACCCGAAGUGCUGUCGUGCAGUUCGAAUUCAUCCACAAAAGGCCCUGGGUAUCAGGCUGAUAUGGCAGACAUCUGGUCCUGCGGGGUUGUCCUGUUUGUACUUUUGGCCGGAAAUACUCCUUGGAGCAGACCGGUGCCACGGGACGAGUAUGGCCAACCAACCGAGUUUGACGACUACAUCCAGAGCAACGGCAGACCAAACGAUGAGUUAUGGGAUGCGCUCCCACCUGAAGUGCUUUCACUGCUCCGUGGAAUGAUGAAGGUGGAUGUCAAGUCACGGUUCUCGUUGGAGGAUGUUCGAAGGCACCCAUGGUUCACCCGACCCAACCGGUUCUUGGACCAGAAAGGUCGGGUGAGUGACCCGAUCACGAUGGCCACAAAUAUGUUCGAAGCCCUCCACGUUAGCUUUGACGCAGAUCCUCUGGCCGGGACGCAACGCACCAAAACCACAGAUGAUAUGGAUGUAGACAUGGCUCGACCCUACGAGAGCAAGUUUUCAUCAACCCAGCCCGUUCUGGCCACCGAAGACAUGUUAUUUGAUUGGGAGCAGCCGCGACAUUUGGCCAUGUCCAGCACACAAGUGGGAGCAGGGCUUGCCGGGCUGUCUUCCACACAAUCUAUUUCCACCACCAACUUUUUGGCCGAUGAACCUUCCAUGUCGCAGUUUGCCCCUACUCCGAGUGUGCCCAUCAGUCGGACGCAAAUGGCUCGAAGGUUUCAGGAUAUCAUUCCUCCACAGAGUCUCACCAAGUUUUAUUCCGGGUGGUCUUUGAAGCUGCUUGUGCCACAUAUCCUCGAGGCGUUGAGUCGCCUGGGAGUGCCGACUCCACUGGUCCCCAAGCCGGAUUCCUGGGAUUACGAGUCUAGAAUCAGAGUCAAGACGCAAGACAGUCGAGGGUGUCCUAUGACUGGGAAUAUUGCGCUGGAAGUUGUAGGUGAGGGAUUGGUGGAGGUUUGUUUUGUCAAAGCCUCCGGAGAUCCUUUGGAGUGGCGACGGUUCUUCAAACGCGUGGCCAUUCUGUGCAAGGAUGCCGUUGUCAAACCUGAAGAGUGAUUCCUGUUGCACGAAAAGUGGUUUAGGGACUUUGAAGGGUUUUGAUUUGCAUUGGAAGAAGUCCGGCGUUGGCUACGAGUGACUACCAGUAUAGAUUGAUACCCUGAUGUUAAAAUGUCAUGAUUGUUAAACGUGUGGA